GGCUCGCUGAUGAUGAACAGGAAAUUCUUCACGCCAGACAAACUUGUGUGCUACAUUAUGAGUCUUUUGGUGAUUGUUGCCGCCACGGCGGCGAUCAUAAUGAUCGUGAGGACGUCGAUUUGCGACUCUCAGGAAAUUGAGUUCCCGGAGAAGAAGCCAGAGAAUACGCCUUGGGGCUACAAAUGCGUGGACGACAGGUGCGUGAGGACGCUGAUUUCGGACGACAACUGGCGCAGCCUCGACAGCUUAUCCGUGUGCCAUUUGAAGUGCGAGCAGUUCGCCACACUCUUACCGCAUCCCACGCAACUGGUGCAGAUUGGCGACACUUACGAAACCGUGAGCGUGUGUAGAGUAGAGUUCGUGGCGGUGAAGGACGCCGCUGUGCAGGAUUAUCUCGACGAGAGCAUCUGUCGCUUCCAUCGCGUGCUGAAGAGCAAGAAAACCGAACGACAUCCGCUGGCGAGAGGCGCACAGGUCACGGUGGAGUUUGAUCUGGGAUCGGCCGAUAUCUCACUGCGCCAGGACACGGACGAGAGCUACAAAUUGCACGUGGAGGCGCGCCCAGGAGGGGAAAUUGGGGUAAGGAUCAGCGCAGAAACCUACUUUGGCUUGCGACACGGACUGGAGUCUCUGGGACAGUUGAUUGUGUACGACAACCUGCAGUUGCGCUACAAAAUGCCCACAAGAGUGGAGAUCGAGGAUCGGCCGGUGUAUCGCCAUCGUGGUCUGCUUCUGGACACGGUGAGGAAGUUCUAUUCGCUGAAGACCAUCAAGAGGACGAUAGAUGUGAUGGCGAUGGUGAAGAUGAACGUCUUCCACUGGCACAUCACGGACGCCAAUAGCUAUCCGAUGAGGCUGAAGAACUUCCCGGAUAUGGCCAGAUUUGGCGCUUACGGACCGGAUCGUGUGUACACUGUGGAGGACAUGAAGGAGGUGGUGCGCUUCGCUCGCGUGCGAGGGAUUCGCGUCAUCCCGGAGUUCGAUGCUCCGUCGCAUGUUGCCGAGGGAUGGCAAUUCACGGACUUCGUGGCGUGCUACAAUGCCCAGCCCUGGAGUCAGUACUGCGCUGGGCCGCCGUGCGGUCAGCUGGAUCCCACGCGAGCGGAUCUGUACGAUGUCCUGGAGAGCAUCUAUGGCGAGAUGAACGACGUGUUCGAUCGCCCGGAUCUCUUUCACAUGGGCGGCGAUGAGGUUUAUCCAUCGUGCUGGAACACAAGCGCCCACAUUCAGCAGUGGAUGCUGGAGAAGGGCUGGAACUUGCAGAGAGAUGACUUCGUAGAGCUGUGGAAUCACUUCCAGACACAAGCGCACGAGCGCCUGAAGAAAGUCGCGCCCGGAACGCGUGCCAUUCUCUGGACGGGAACUCUCACGGAGGAGAACUUCGUCGACCGCUUCCUGCCGCCUGAAGACUACGUCAUCCAGGUGUGGACGGUGGGAUCUGGCGCUGGGUCGCAAGUGCCGCAUCUGCUGGCCAGAGGAUACGAUCUCAUCAUCUCCAACAAUGACGCUCUCUAUCUCGACUGCGGCUUCGGUCUGUAUGUGGACGAAGGGGUGAACUGGUGCAGCCCGUACAAGCCCUGGUCUAAGAUCUACAACAACAACAUCACAGCCAUGGGCGGAGAGCGGCGGGGACAAAUCCUGGGCGCCGAAGCGUGCUCCUGGUCGUCGAUUUCCGGUGAGGAGAGUCUGGAUGCGCGCCUGUGGCCCAGAGUCAGUGCUCUGGCGGAGCGUCUCUGGUCAGAUCCGGCCACAAACUUCAGGGGCGUGGAGAGGAGACUGCUGCUGCACCGCAGGGAUCUGGUCGACUUUGGAAUUGACGCAGAGAGCGUCCAGCCCGAAUGGUGUCUCCAGAAUCCCUUCUACUGCACCCGCUGAGCGGGAUUACUUAUUGUGUCAU